AUGCUGAUGCAGCGAAGACGGGCUACACCAGAAGAACUAGCUCAAGGAGAAGAUGAAAUCCGACGAGCCAACCAACGUAUGGAGGCAGAGCUGGCCAGUGGAGCUGAGCCGCAGUUAGAAAACAAAGAAAGGUCUGAGGCAGAGGUUUUUGAGUCCCCCGGAAAUCCAAAGGAUAAAAGUCUGGGAAGUGAGGAGAAGCCAAAAAGUGCCCCGAAAUCUUUCUUUCCUCCUGGUGCAGAAAAGGCAUCACAGGAGUCAGCUGCGAAGUCGUCAGGUUCAGCGAAGUCAGUUCCUGCCACACCAAGGAAAACUCAGGUAUCGCCAUCAGAACGUUCCGAACUGCAGCAGAACCCUCAGUCUGCCCCAGGUUCAAAUCAAGCGGUUGUUUUGGCAUCCACCGAAGUUGUCAAGACUCCUGAGACCUCUGCGGCAAUGGUGGUAUCGAACGUGCAAGGCAUGUCAAAUGGACCUCAGUAUGCGGAAAAUGAUUCUGGGCGAGCGCAUCAAGUUGUUUCUGUGGAAGCCACACCUGCUGCCCAAUCCAAUGUUUCUUCAGUUCCUCUUUUUGAUGAAAGCCAGAUUCGAAGAUUCCAGGAAAUCUACAACCAAGCACCUUGGCUCUAUCCAGGGAAUCAGCUGUUGGGACCACCCGCAAUGGAGGCUGUGAGACCACCAAAGACCGAAGCUCAGGAUCCACGAAGUUUCAAAGCUGAGGAGGCUGUGAGACCCCCAAAGCAUGAAGCCGAAGAUUCGAGGAGCUCUCAACCAAAGGAGGCUGCAGACCCCCAAAGUCAAAGACCCAAGGAUGAUGGAAGUGGAGCCAAUACCACUUUCACUGAGCGAUCUUUGGAGUUCAUGGCACUCAUGAUGGACUCCAUGAAGGAGAUGCACAAGCGCCUCAACGAGCCAAAGGACGAAGGCGUGAUCAAAGGAGUUGAAACGGUGAGGUCUGGAGCUCCAGAUCUCCCCUUGCUGGCUCCGUGGGAGCCUCAACAAGGACCCUUGAUCCUUGGAGACUGGCUGUUGAUCAUCGAGCCCAUCAUCUCAGACCUCUCAACAUCUGCGAGCGUGUGGUGGAAGACAUCGGUGUCAGCAGCUGAAGCCUGGUACAAGGUGCACAUGGCCCUGUCUCCUCUGGACAGGAUUCAACACAAGGUUGAGACACCUGAAGAAGUGCUUCAACAAAAAUGGGAAAGGUUGGAAAGAAGGGUUGCGACUAUGCUUCUUCAAGCCCUUCCACAAGAAGUUCGUGGUGAAUUGGUGGCUGCCAGAAGGCUCACCACCUUUGGUGUCAUCACGCACUUGCUGGUGACAUACAGCCCUGGCGGAAUCUCUGAGAAACAAAACUUGCUCCGGAACCUUGAAGAUCCUCCGGAGAUCCCAACUGUCCAAGAUGGUCCAGCAGCUCUACGACGUUGGCUUCGCUGGCGACACCGAGCUAAAGAUAUCGGGGCCGUAGCUCCUGAUCCGAGUCUUCAACUUCGAGGACUCUUGAAGAUGUCAAAGAAGACCCUUGAAGCGCACCGAGAACUUCAGUUUCGUGUGAGCCUUGUGAGGAGUGGUUUACAAGUGGACACGGUUCCCAACGACACCAAUGUGGAGCAGUUCUCAUACCACCUCCUUGCUGAAUAUGAGCAGCUCUCGAUCUCUGAAAAGCGCCCUGGGGGAAAUGCAACUACAUCCAAGCAGGAUGCCACAAAAACCAAACAGAAUGAAGUCGAAAAGCCGAAGGCUGCGAAGCUUCGAAAGUUGGAGGAGGAUGCAAGACCGAAAGAAAGAGGAGAGUCCUCACCGCAGAAGCCAAAGGUUCAGAAGGUUGAGGGGGAGGAUACUUCGUCAACAAGCUCAAAGUUGAAAGAAGAUGAAGGGACUGAAGGUCCAACCAUGAAGGAACUUCUGGAACAGGCCAACACUAUGUUGAAGUCCUUGACCACUUCCAAUGCGACUUCCUCCCAAAGCCAAUCUGGUGGGGAAUCAAAAGAGGAGAUGAUGGAUCGUCUUCAACAACAACUGAAUCGAAUGAAGCUGAAAGGCCUCAAGAUCAACCAGAUCAACUACGGCAGCCAACAGGGAUUGGUUGACUCAGGUGCCACACACCCAUUGCAUCCAAUGCGUCUGGGUGAAUCCAAGAACGACUACAAGAAGGUCUCUGUGACCCUUGCCAACGGUGAGAGCACUGCCCUUCAAGUUACUCCAGGUGGUGUGAUGGUCUCCGAGCGCAAAGAUGUCGAGCCUAUCAUCCCCAUGGGUAUGCUGGUGCAAAAGCUUGGAUGCAGGGUUGAUUGGAACCAAGGAACACUUCAAAUCCAUCAUCCUGAUCGUGGACUUCUACCAGUACAACCUCAAGAGGGGUGCCCUCAAAUCCCAAGAGCUCUUGCUCUUGAACUCAUAGAUGAGCUGGAGACGAAAGCACUCCAGUCCAAGCCUGAAGAAAAGAAGUUUGAGAAGGAAAAGAUUUGGAUGCAAGCUCUGGUCGAAGCUCACCCUGUCCUUCGACAACUACCAGCGGAAAUCAAGAAAAGCUUGGUGGUGGAUGUUGGAUCCUGGCGUGAUCUCCCUGUCAACCGACGUCAACGACGAAGACUUCAACGGGAUGGCUUCAUUGCUCAUCUCUAUGCAGGGGAGUCUGAAGGGUUCACAUUGACAAGAGCCUACCAGCAACAGGGUGGGAAUCCAGCUGACAUCCUCGAGGUGGACAUCAAACGUGGGGAGAAUCACAAUCUCCUCAUGGACUCUGGAGUUUACAGCGGUUUGCUGUGCGCUGUGAUGAGCGAUAAGGUCGAGGCCUUCAUCGCUGGACCCAACUGCAGAACAAGGUCAGUUUUGAGGCACUAUCCAAAAGAAAAUGCUCCGCGACCAGUCAGGGCGUGGGGAGGUGAAGAAUUUGGCCUCAAAGAUCUCUCUGAACAAGAGCGCUUGCAGGUGUUGGAGGACGACAUCUUGAUGUGGAGGUCUUCUGCUCAGCUCUCAAGAUGGGCUCCGGGCACAAUGAACAUGGUGGCCGAGUCCUUGAUGCUGCAGGUGAAGUGCCAGCCUCUGAAGAUGUGCCCUCUCAGCUGGGAUGAGCACAUAGCACAUGGCCAUACGCCAUAUCGGCGAGACUGCCUGGUUUGCCAACAAACCAUGCAACAACAACACCCACAUCGAAAAGUACCAUAUCCAGUCGGAGGAGUUCUCUCGCUGGAUGUUGCAGGUCCUUUGAUUCCUGCCAAGGACUUGGGUGGCUUGCGAGCUCGAUGGAUGCUGGUUGGAACUCUGACAUGGGCCGUGCCAGCCGGGUCAAACAAGCUCCAAGAUGCUCAUGUUCCACAAGCUGACGGAGAUGAACCUCACUUUGAGGUUCACCCUGAAGAAGAAGAAGGAAAAGAAGGGGCCCAAGCCCUAGAAGAUAAAAGAGAAGAACGAAGUGAGGCUGAAGAAGAAGAAGGAGAAAAGGUAGAAGUUUGGGGUGAAGAAGAUGGGGAAAAGAAAGAGUAUGAGCUCUCUCAAAAACCUCAUCCAGUGCCGCCAUAUCUGCUACCACCUUCACAACCGAAAGAUGGAGAAAAAGAACUUCAACCAGGUGGCUUUGACACCAAGAUCUUCCGCCUGGCCUCUCCGAUGAUCACCAAGACCGCAAGGGAGGUGACAAGAACCACAAUGGACAUGCUCCUCAGGCUUCGCAUGGAUGGUUUCCACAUCGGUCGCAUCCAUAGCGACAGGGGAAGGGAGUUUGCCGGCCAGUUCAAAAAAUGGGCUAACUCGCGGGGCAUAGCUUUGUCUCGCACCUCGGGCGAUGAUCCCAGAGCAAAUGGCCGAGUUGAAGUAGCCAUCAAGACCCUCAAAACUCAGGUGAGGCGAUUGCUGAAAGCUGCUGACGUUGGCAGUGAACUCUGGCCCCUUGCAGCUCGAUAUGCUGAUGCCCUGAACCGAAGCUGGAGGAUUGGAGAAGAGCCGAAGUUUCCACCUUUUUUGCAAGAGGUUUUGGUGAGGAGAAGAACAUGGAGAAAGGGUGUUUUUGAGCCCACGACGGAAACGGUUCAAUACCUUUUUCCAGCAACAGAAGAACACGGCCACUGGAUCCUUCCGAAGGAUGAGCCGCCACGAAUGGUAUUGGCCGAUGAUGAGGAUCCAAUCCUGAUCAAACCUCCUGCUCUCCUGGUCGAGAAGAAGUACCUGAGAAGAGAUGUCUACUACCUGCCUGAAAAAGCGAUCUAUGGGUUGCGACGGUCUCCAAGACUGUGGGGCCUCACCAGGGAUGAGACCAUCUCUGACUUCUCAAUCCAGGGGGAGCACAAUGGAAAGCACAUGGAGUUCAUGCUGGAGCCUUUGCAGUCCGAACCCAACUUGUGGAAACUGCGAAAUGCCCUUGAACCAGAAGACACCACUCUGUAUGGUCUUUUGAUGACGUACGUGGAUGACCUGAUGCUGGCAUCAUCUCCAAACUUACUCCAAGCCAUGCAGGCCAAGAUCCAAUCGACAUGGACCACUUCAACACCAGAGUUUGUCGGCCCGGAACCUGUCAGAUUUCAGGGAAUGGGGAUCUCAAAAGAAUGGAAAGAGGAGUUUCAAAGAGAUGUUUGGAUGGUGACGCAGCAGUCCUACACCAAAGACCUCACACAAAAGGAUCCUGAAGUCAAGCCAAAACGGAUCCCUUUGACCAGAGAUCAAUCAGCCAUGGAACCAAAUGAGGCUGAGAUCACACCUGAGCUGAUCCGCUCCUGCCAAAAAGCUGUUGGCGAAGUCUUGUGGCUGACAACCCGGGCACGGCCAGACAUCAUGUACGCUGUAAGCCGCAUGGGCUCAUCAUCCACGAGGGCACCACAUGCCGUUUUGGCAGCCGCACUCCAGCUCAAAGGCUACCUGAUGGCCACUUCAGAUGAAGGGUUGAUGUUCAAUGUGAGAGAAGGUGAAAGCCCCGUUUUGACGGUGUACACUGAUGCAGGUUUUGCGCCGGAUGCACAGGAGAGCCAUGGAUCAUUUGUGGUCCUGCUGGGCACAACUCCAAUUUUCUGGAGGUCGGGCCGCCAGAGCUACAUCACGCUCUCAACUGCUGAAGCAGAGCUCACUGAGAUCGUGGAGGGCAUGAUAGCUGGUGAAUCGAUCUACGUGAUCCUGGCAGAGCUCUUCCCUGUGGUCCACAAGCUUCUCAAAACUGACAGCCAGUCAGCACUUGCCAUCUUGUCCAACGAUGGUGGUAACUGGCGAACCCGCCAUUUGAGGCUGAGGUGCUCCUUCGCAAGGCAGUCGAUCCUUGCGGGUGAAUGGGUCAUUCAGCAUGUGGCUGGUGAGUUCAUGAUUGCCGACAUCGGCACCAAGCCACUCACAGCGGCACGACUUGAGUUCCUCAAAAAGUUGAUGGGGAUGGGAAAACUGGUAAUCAAAGAUGAAGUGAAAAGUAUGGAAGUUGAAGAAAAGAAAGAAGGAGAAAAGCAGGACGGUCUUUUGACCACCAAGGAAAAGACCAAAGUCGCGGAGGCAGCCCAAGUUUUGAGGCUGAUCACUCUUGCAGCGUCAAUUGCUGCAGUCAAAGCGGAAGAGGGGGAGAAGGAGCACGAAGAGACCUAUCCUUUUGAGGUCAUCAUUGCCUACACCUUGGGAAUCAUCAUUUUGACGUUGGUGGCGCAGCGAAUCUGGAAUGCAGCAGUACGAGGGGUCAUCGUCGUACGACAGUAUGUUUUGGCCAACCUUGGAAGACUCUCCAUGAACGCUGUGCGAAAGGAGGAAGAGAUCCCCGAAGGAGAUCAAUCUGAAUCGCUCCCGGCAUCAAAUGAAAGCCGGUCCACCGACUCAAAUGAUGGUGAUCAAGUACCACCUCAAGCUCCGCUUCCAAUUCCUGAAGAUCCGCCCUCAACAUCAGAAGCUCCGCGACCAGAACAGGCGAUCAAUGUGGUUUUACAAUCAGAAGCUACCCAGACUGGAAUUCUUCCUGGGUAUAUUGCGAACGUGGCCCAGACUGGAAUAUUUCCUGGGCCUGAGUCCGAAGUGAUCCAGACUGGAAUAAUUCCUGGAUCCGACUCACGAAUGACCCAGACUGGAACAUUUCCUGGGUUUAACGAUCGCGAUGCCCAGACUGGAACGAUUCCUGGGCAUGAGACAUCGGCACUUUUUCAAAGUCAAGAAGAACGAGCCGCUGCUCUCGAGAUGCUUCGUCAACAUGAUGCGACGAUGGUUAACUAUGAAGCUGAGUGGAAUCAGACUCUUAGAGAAGAAGAUCGAGUUCGUGAUGAGCUCACCAAUGCUCAGCCGGGACAUCCCAUUUUGGGACCUAUGAAUGCUCCACAAGCUGAACCAGCGCUACCACUCCUGCCCUUCGAAGUGAUCACUACGCGGUAUGGAACCGUGUAUCACAAUCGGUUGGACUGCCGGUAUCUCACUGCGCCAAUGACUGGACAUGCACGACUCCAUCGGUGGUGCACCAAGUGUCGAGCCGAAGCAGCCCAGACUGGAAGAAUUCCUGGGCAUGGAUUUGCAGUGCUGAUCAGCGGCCGAGAGAUCGAUUUUCAUACUGAUGUGACAUGUGAAGAAGCUGAAAGAGCUUCCACUUUUGCACUCUGCACUGCAUGCCUUGAAGGUACUUGA